GACCCACCAAUACAGAAAAUCCCGCGACCUCGAAAGCCACUUCCUGCACUUCAGGCAUCUUUCUUUCCGUUGUUUGAAACGUGUUUCAAACGUUUUUGUUUCACAAAAGUGUUAGAUCUAACUAAAUAAACAUGAGCAAAGCACAUCCACCUGAGCUGAAAAAAUUUAUGGACAAGAAGCUUUCACUGAAGCUCAAUGGUGGUCGUCAUGUUCAGGGCAUCUUGCGUGGGUUUGAUCCCUUCAUGAAUCUGGUGGUUGAUGACACUAUAGAAAUGGCUCCAGGAGGACAGAUGAACACCAUUGGGAUGGUGGUAAUCAGAGGAAACAGUAUAAUCAUGUUGGAGGCUCUUGAACGAGUAUGAGGAACAUGCCCAGCUUUUUCCCCUGCUUGUCUGGGGUUUUUUUUUUGUUUGUUUGUUUGGUUUUUUUUGCAUCCAGCCAAGCUAAUAUCAAAAUGGGUUUCUCAUGUCUGUUUACAGGCUAAAUACUAAUGCAGAAAUCCUUGAUUGUUAAAAUAUUCUGUUUUAUACGAUCACCUUUUUUCUUUUUUAAUGUUUUCUUAUGCCUGUAAAAAUUUGUGUACACAAUUCAUAAAACAUUUUUGUGAAUAAAUGGACUACAAUGUGA